AUGAAAAGAAAAAUUAAUAUCUGUCGUGCCCACGUUUUUCUCGCCAUCGCGUCCGCCGCUCUGUUUCUUGCUUCCCUUUCCUCUGCCAACGAGGGAAACGCCCUCCUCACCGGCGACGUCCUGUCCACUGGCGGCCAGCUCUCCUACGGCCGCAGCGCCUUCGUCAUGCAAGACGACUGCAACCUCGUCCUCUACAACUCCUUCGGCGGCUUCCAGUCGGACCCACGGCGCAAGCGGGAACUGCACACUGUCGCUCAGCAAUUACGGCGGCUGACCGUCACCAGCGCCAGAGCUACGGUGUGGAGCCCCCCUGGUUCUAAGAAGGGCAAGUUCGCGGCCGUACUCCGGCCUGACGGGGAGGUGGCCGUCUACGGCCAAGCUCUGUGGGCGACGCCAGAUUUGAACUCCGGCACCGCGAGCGCGGAGGUGGCCCUGUCGGAGGUCGCGGCGAGGAACUUGUUGUUCUCUGGCCAGAGCAUAAGCGUGGGGGGUGGAGCUGGCCAGCAUGGACUACACGUUCAGGAUGGCGGCGAACUGCAACCUGGUACUGAACAAGGCAGGGACGGACGUGGUUUGGCAUAG